AAAGCGAUCGGAUCGGCCACGGCGAGGGCGCGGGGGCACCACGCGCGACCUGACGCGCCCGCGCUCCGUCCCGUGGCAACCGGGUCGCCCGUCGUCCAGGCCGCGACGAGGGGGGGUUCCUUUUCCUCUCCCUCGCGUGCCGCCCCCACCACCUAGCGACUCCUCCACCCCUGCCCAGUGCCCAGUGGGCAGUGGCCACCUCCUCCCCCGCGCUCACUCCACCCCCAGCCUCCAGCUGCUGCUACUAAUACUGAAUACCCGGGCGGUGCGGGCUCUGCCUUUAGCUGGUACACCGAACGCGCCGCGUCCCGGAGGAGGAGGAGGAGGCGGCGCUCUUUCUCUUCUCUCUUCCUUCUUUCCUCCUCCCGCGGCGGGCGGCGGCGGCGGCGGCAAUGGCGGCCACCGCGCUGCUCCUCCCAGCGGCGGCGGCGGCGGCGGCGGCGGUGCUGCUCUGCCUCGCGGGCGGCUCGCGGGCGACCAACGUGACGUACGACCACCGCGCGCUGGUCAUCGACGGCGUGCGCCGCGUGCUCGUCUCGGGAUCCAUCCACUACCCGCGGAGCACCCCAGACAUGUGGCCGGGGCUGAUCCAGAAGGCCAAGGACGGCGGCCUGGACGUCAUCGAGACCUACGUCUUCUGGGACAUCCACGAGCCCGUCCGGGGACAGUACGACUUCGAGGGCCGCAAGGACCUGGCCGCGUUCGUCAAGGCCGUCGCCGACGCCGGCCUCUACGUGCACCUCCGCAUCGGACCCUACGUCUGCGCCGAGUGGAACUACGGGGGCUUCCCGCUGUGGCUGCACUUCAUCCCCGGCGUCAAGUUCCGCACCGACAACGAGCCCUUCAAGGCGGAGAUGCAGCGCUUCACCGCCAAGGUGGUGGACACCAUGAAGGGGGCGGGCCUCUACGCGUCCCAGGGCGGGCCCAUCAUCCUGUCCCAGAUCGAGAACGAGUACGGCAACAUCGACUCGGCGUACGGCGCGGCCGGGAAGGCGUACAUGCGAUGGGCGGCCGGGAUGGCCGUCUCGCUCGACACCGGCGUGCCCUGGGUCAUGUGCCAGCAGGCCGACGCGCCGGACCCCCUCAUCAACACCUGCAACGGCUUCUACUGCGACGGGUUCACGCCCAACUCCGCGGCCAAGCCCAAGAUGUGGACCGAGAACUGGAGCGGCUGGUUCCUCUCCUUCGGCGGCGCCGUCCCCUACCGCCCCGUCGAGGACCUCGCCUUCGCCGUCGCGCGAUUCUACCAGCGCGGCGGCACCUUCCAGAACUACUACAUGUACCACGGCGGGACCAACCUGGAUCGCAGCUCAGGGGGACCCUUCAUCGCCACGAGCUACGACUACGAUGCACCCAUCGACGAGUACGGACUAAUCAGGCAGCCGAAGUGGGGCCACUUGAGGGAUGUGCACAGGGCCAUAAAGCUCUGCGAGCCAGCGCUCAUAGCAACUGAUCCAUCAUACAUUUCUCUGGGUCAAAACGCUGAGGCAACUGUAUACAAGGCUGGUUCAGUUUGCGCCGCAUUCCUUGCUAAUAUAGAUGGUCAAUCCGAUAAAACUGUCACAUUCAAUGGCAAGAUGUAUAAGCUCCCUGCGUGGUCCGUCAGCAUCCUUCCUGACUGCAAGAAUGUGGUGCUGAACACGGCUCAGAUCAAUUCUCAAGUGACGAGUUCAGAAAUGAGGCUCAUGGAGUCGAGCACUGUAGCAUCAGAUGGCUCGUUCACCACGCCAGAACUUGCAGUAUCUGGCUGGAGCUAUGCCAUAGAACCUGUUGGUAUCACAAAGGAUAAUGCAUUGACAAAAGCUGGACUGAUGGAGCAGAUAAACACCACAGCAGAUGCGAGUGACUUCCUAUGGUACUCAACAAGCAUUACUGUCAAAGGUGAUGAACCUUAUCUAAAUGGCAGCCAAUCCAGUCUACUUGUAAGCUCACUUGGGCAUGUUCUUCAGGUCUACGUCAAUGGUAAAAUUGCAGGAAGCGCUCAAGGUAGUGCUAGCAGCUCACUCAUCUCCUGGCAGAAACCAAUUACACUUGUACCUGGGAAGAACAAAAUAGAUCUUCUGAGUGCAACAGUUGGGUUGUCGAAUUAUGGUGCAUUCUUUGACCUGGUAGGUGCUGGAAUUACUGGGCCUGUAAAGCUGAGUGGACCAAAUGGUGCACUCGAUCUGUCUUCUGCACAAUGGACAUACCAGAUUGGACUCAGAGGAGAAGAUUUGCACCUGUAUAAUCCUUCAGAGGCCUCACCUGAAUGGGUCUCAUCCAAUGCUUAUCCAAUCAAUCAACCACUGAUUUGGUACAAGACAAAAUUCACAGCCCCUGCAGGUGAUGAUCCUGUUGCCAUUGACUUCACAGGAUUGGGAAAAGGCGAAGCCUGGGUGAACGGACAGAGCAUCGGUCGAUACUGGCCAACAAAUCUGGCUCCACAGAGUGGCUGUGUUAACUCGUGCAACUAUAGAGGAUCCUACACUUCGAGCAAAUGCCUCAAGAAGUGUGGGCAGCCAUCACAGACUUUGUACCAUGUUCCCCGUUCGUUUCUCCAACCAGGCAGCAAUGAUAUAGUCCUUUUCGAGCAGUUCGGUGGUGACCCAAGCAAGAUAUCCUUUGUGACAAGGCAGACAGGAAGUGUGUGCGCACAAGUGUCAGAAGCGCAUCCAGCCCAAAUUGAUAAUUGGAUUUCUUCUCAACAGAAGAUGCAGAGAUCUGGACCUGCACUUCGCCUGGAAUGCCCGAAAGAAGGUCAGGUCAUCAGCAGCAUCAAGUUUGCAAGCUUUGGGACACCAAGUGGCACAUGUGGGAGCUACAGCCAUGGCCAAUGCAGCAGCACUCAGGCUCUCUCAGUUGUUCAGGAGGCCUGUAUCGGGGUGAGCAGCUGCAGCAUUCCAGUGUCAUCAAAUUACUUUGGAGAUCCAUGCACAGGAGUUACAAAAAGCCUUGUGGUCGAAGCUGCAUGUUCAUGACAUGUCUGAUAACUAUUUGUUCGUAGGAAGCAAAAUCAAUUGGAGAAGGUGAAACCUUCUCUGUGUAGGCAAGCAAGCAAAAAGGAAUAAAUGUUCCCAUGCUGGUCAAAAGGAAUAAAUAUUCCCUAAAUUGCUACAUCCAAGCUAUUAGAUAGUACGCUUAGAAAGGGUUAUUCUUGUUAAGAUGAUAAAUUCAUCCAUUACAACGAAGGUGAUCCUUUUGUAAUCCUUCUUGAAAAAGGAACUUUGUAUUUCAAUCAAAUUUAAUUACAGUUUGCAAAAAAAAAGGUUGA